AUGAAGCUUCCCCCCGGUCUUUCUGCACCUCCUAACAGUGUGUGCAAACUUGAGCGGUCUCUCUAUGGUCUUAAGCAGGCAAGUCAGCAGUGGAAUCAUAAAUUGUGCUCUGUUUUGAAGGCGUCAGGCUACACGCAAUCGCGAGCUGAUCAUUCUCUAUUCACCAAAGGCAGCUCAACUGCCUUCACUGCCCUUUUGGUGUAUGUUGAUGAUCUUGUUCUAGCUGGAAAUGACAUGAAAGAAAUUGAAAGAGUGAAAGCCCUCUUGGAUGCCAAGUUUAAAAUCAAGGACCUGGGGGUUCUCAAAUACGUCCUUGGGUUUGAAGUUGCAAGGAGUAGCCAAGGCAUCCUUCUCUACCAACGUAAGUAUGCAAUUGAUUUCUUAGAUGAGUUUGGCCUUCUGAAUGCCAAGCCCACCUCCACCCCGAUGAAUUACACUGCUCCCAUGUCAAAGGAUGCCGGUUCACCCUUGUCCGACUUGACUCCCUAUCGUAGGCUCAUAGGGAGCCUGCUUUACUUGACAAAUACUCGUCCAGAUAUUAGCUUCGCUGUCAACAAGCUCAGCCAAUAUCUGGACUGUGCCACGGACAUACAUUUCAAGGCUGGGCUGCACAUUUUGAAGUAUAUCAAAGGCGCUCCAGCAAGAGGAAUUUUGUUCUCCACCGCCUCCGACUUAUACCUAACUGGCUAUUCUGAUUCUGAUUGGGGAACGUGCCCAGACACAAGGCGCUCGGUGUCCGGGUUCUGUUUCUUCUUGGGUUCCUCUAUUGUCUCAUGGAAGAGUCGAAAACAGCUUACGGUGGCAUGUUCUUUUGCAGAGGCAGAAUAUCGUGCAUUGGCGUUGGCGACAUGCGAAGGGAGAUGGCUCACGUACAUUCUCAGAGAUUUGCAAGUCCCUUUACAUAGGCCGAUUACCCUGUUCUGUGAUAAUCAAUCAGCAAUUCAUAUUGCUUCGAACCCAGUUGCCGAUAUUCUCACCAAAAGCUUGGCAUCAGGGCCAUUUGCAAAGAUUCAUUGCAAGCUUGGAAUGCAUGACAUUCAUGUUCCAAGCUUGAGGGAGGCUGAUAGAAGGGAGUCGAGCUCAUAA